UAAGAGACGUGCUUAAGACACAAAACACAUGCCUAAUACAUGACACUGCAGUUUGAACCCAACAAGGCAGCCCAAACCUUAAAGAAACCAAAACACCACCAGACAAUUCUAUAAAUUCUCGAGACACACCGGCACAAAUAUCGCCACAAAAAUUGCACCAUGGAGUCGUAUUAUUACCGUAUUCUUGCAUCUGCCAUAGCCGUCUUGGUCGUUCUCGGGGCAGCCGGGAAGGUCCAUUCUGUGUGCAACGUGUCUCUCGAAGAUCUCGAGAAGUGCCUUCCAGCAGCCCACCCGCCAAAUCCGCCGCCCCCAACUCCCGACUGCUGCAACACGCUCGCCCGGGCCAACCUUCCCUGCCUCUGCGGCUACAAGAACGACCCGGUCUUGCCGGCCGUCGGUGUCGAUCCGAAUCUCGCCUUGCAGCUCCCUGGGAAGUGCAAUCUCCCAACACCACAGUGUUAGAACAUCAUCGUCGACAUCCUUAGCGUAUGAUGUUGUUACAGAUUGUGUUGAUGUUGUGAUUUGUUUGUGUUUGUUUGUUGCAUCUAAGUAUGGAAUAAGUUUGUGUGUCGUGAAAUGGAUGCUGUUUGUAAAAUGGCUGUGAUUGGUAAUGGUGUCUGUGUAAGUGUCUAUAUGUGGAAUAAUUGUAAUUAGGGAUGUGUUGUUUUAGCAAUAAAACCAGAUUAAGGUUGUACACUUAUGAUGUUCUUGACAUCAGAA